GGUCUGGAGGAAGGCACACAAAACCAAAACAAUCCUGCAAGUUCAAGUCCAGGGUAAAUAAAUGGUUAAACUCGUCACUUCUAUUUAGUUUCCUCGCACAGGGCGAGUGUCUUUUCGAAUCACUGACCGAAAAAAACAACAACCGGAGAAGACGCCAAAAUGUCGACUUUUCCUAACUAUCAGGGGACCGGGCGGAAGUAUCCAGAUGCGGGCCCGGGACGGAGAUCCCCGGACCGGGAGCCAUCAUCCGGGACAGACCCUCCAGGGACACUCGCAGACAACUCUUUCUCGCAGAUGAAGAAAAUGCCCGCUCGGGAUUCAGACAGGCGCCAAACAAGCAGCGAGGCGACGCAAAUUCAUCUCCAGCCUUACUUGCUUCAUCCCCGCAUGUCGCCGGGCCGCAUGUCGGUGUACAGCAGCGGAGCUCGGCCCGUCCUCACCCACUCCUACAUCCAAGGACGUGUCUAUAACUUUCUGGAAAGACCGUCCGGCUGGAAAUGCAUCAUUUAUCACUGCGCUGUGUUCCUGAUAGUUCUUGCUUGCCUGAUUCUCAGUGUCCUCUCAACCAUGGCGGAGUACCACACCCUGACUUACAGGAGUCUCUACUGGGUGGAAAUUUUCCUGGUGGUCUUCUUCGGUGUGGAAUACAUUGUCCGGCUUUGGUCAGCAGGUUGCCGCAGUAAAUAUGUCGGCUUCUGUGGUCGACUACGAUUUGCUAGGAAGCCAAUAUCUCUUAUAGAUUUGAUUGUUGUGGUUGCUUCCAUACUCGUGCUAGCAUUUGGUUCCAAAGGACAGGUGUUUGCCACCUCUGCAAUGAGAGGGAUCCGCUUUCUGCAGAUUGUACGAAUGCUCCAUGUAGACCGCCAGGGGGGAACAUGGCGUCUUCUGGGUUCUGUUAUCUACAUGCACCGACAGGAGCUGAUCACAACCUUAUAUAUUGGCUUUCUAAGCCUGGUCUUCGCUUCCUACAUGCUCUACCUGGCAGAAAAAGAGAAUGGCCACUUAGACAGCUAUGCUGACGCACUGUGGUGGGGUGUGAUUACAGUAACAUCCGUGGGCUACGGCGACAUCAUCCCUGUAACUUGGCUUGGAAGGACCAUUGGGUCGUUUUUCUCCGUCUUCGCCAUACCCUUCUUUGCACUUCCUGCGGGAAUUUUAGGCUCAGGCUUGGCACUGAAAGUACAGCAGAAACAAAGACAGAAACAUUUCAACCGACAAAUCCCUGCUGCUGCAAGUCUUAUUCAGACAACAUGGAGAUGUUUUGCCAUGGCAAACAGUGAUUCUGCCACAUUUAAGAUGUUUUUGAAAAAGAAAUCCAGCUCUCAGAACUCAUUGUCAACCACAAAGCCAAAGUCAACGGUGAGGAUGAGAAAGAAGCAGAAGAGCAUCAACGAAGACAUGAAUCCAAAUUUUCUGGGAGCUCCGAGCAAUACCUGUGACUCUGUUUACGAGAAUAGGAGGUACCUGGACUCUAAUGCGUACAGCACUGUGGAUAUAGAUCAACAGCCAUCUUUGAUGUCUUUUUCUUCACUGCCGUUGAACUCAUCACUAGCAGAUCAAAAGCCAUCUUCGACGUCUUUUUCUUCACUGCCGUUGAACUCAUCAUUAACAGAGAAAAGAAGUCCCGGUCUUCAGGAUGUGGAUUCUCCCAGUGGCCUGCAGAAAAACUGCAGUUUUGCAGACGACCCGGAACAGGAGUCAGAGCGAGACUGUGGUCUGGACGCGGCUACUUCUGUGUCGCAACUAACUGAGUCUCACAGACGGGCCAUUCGUGUGAUCCAGAGGAUGUGCUAUUAUGUGGCCAGGACAAAGUUUCAGCAAGCUCGUAAGCCAUAUGAUGUCCGGGAUGUGAUUGAGCAAUACUCCCAGGGUCACCUCAACCUCAUGGUGCGGAUCAAGGAAGUCCAGAGAAGACUGGACCAGUCUUUAGGGAAGAUUACUAUGUUCCAGACAGGAGCAGACGGUGCCAGAGACAGGGGAAACAACUCCAUUGGAACCCGUCUCAGCAGGAUGGAGGACAAGAUCACAAACAUGGAUCUGAUGCUGAAGCGCAUUGCCAACUCCCUGACUUCUCUGCUGGACCAGAGGGACGCCAGUGGGGUUGGAGGUGGCGGUGGACUGAGGCUACAGCCUGGACAGACGAGCAACGUCUUACACGGCCAGGAUAGCCUGCCAAGCUAUGAGCAGCUGACUUUGUCGCCAAGUUGUCCAAUCACCAUGUCUGGCACAUCCGAGGAUAGCAGCUAAUAUGUACGUAUCAAUCUAAUCCAUCAGUGGGCCUUUAGCUCUCGUUAGAGGACAGUUCAAUUUCAUACAGUCAUGGUCAAAAGUGUAAAUACACUUCCAUAAGUUUCUAAUAAUUUUAUAACUCUUGUUUUUUUUGUGAUAGAGUGAUUGGAGCACAUACUUGUUGGUCACAAAAAACAUUCCAGAAGUUUGGUUCUUUUAUGAAUUUAUUAUGGGUCUACUGAAAAUGUGACCAAAUCUGCUUUGGGGUCAAAAAUAUAUACAUAUAACAAUGUUAAAGGGCCUACUGAAAUGAGAUUUUCUUAUUUAAACGGGGAUAGCAGGUCCAUUCUAUGUGUCAUACUUGAUCAUUUCGCGAUAUUGCCAUAUUUUUGCUGAAAUUAUUUAGUAGAGAACAUCGACGAUAAAGUUCGCAACUUUUGGUGCUGAUAAAAAAGCCUUGCCUGUACCGGAAGUAGCAGACGAUGUGCGUGUGAUGUCACGGGUUGUCGGGCUCCUCACAUCCUCACAUUGUUUAUAAUCAUGGCCACCAGCAGCUAGAGCGAUUCGGACCAAAAAAUCGACAAUUUCCACAUUAAUUUGAGCGAGGAUGAAAGAUUUGUGGAUGAGGAAAGUGAGAGUGAAGGACUAGAAGAAAAAAUAAAAAGACGAGGGCAGUGGGAGCGAUUCAGACACAUUUACUAGGAUAAUUGUGGAAAAUCCCUUAUCUGCUUAUUGUGUUACUAGUGUUUUAGUGAGAUUAUAUAGUCAUACCUGAAAGUCGGAGGGGUGUGGUGACCGCCAGUGUCUCUGAGUGAAGCCAUGGAGGAGCCAAGAAAGUCGCAGCUGCCUCUUUGACAGCUGCAGGAAGAACUGACACAAAGUGAAUUAUAUUUAUAUAGUUUCCUCCGCCGUGUGGCAGGGCUCUCCCUUAGAGAUAGGGUGAGAAGCUCUGCCAUCCGGGAGGAACUCAAAGUAAAGCCGCUGCUCCUCCACAUCGAGAGGAGCCAGAUGAGGUGGUUCGGGCAUCUGGUCAGGAUGCCACCCGAACGCCUCCCGAGGGAGGUGUUUAGGGCACGUCCAACCGGUAGGAGGCCACGGGGAAGACCCAGGACACGUUGGGAAGACUAUGUCUCCCGGCUGGCCUGGGAACGCCUCGGGAUCCCCCGGGAAGAGCUAGACGAAGUGGCUGGGGAGAGGGAAGUCUGGGCUUCCCUGCUUAGGCUGUUGCCCCCGCGACCCGACCUCGGAUAAGCGGAAGAAGAUGGAUGGAUGGAUGGAUGGAUAGCGCUUUUCUCUAGUGACUCAAAGCGCUUUACAUAGUGAAACCCAAUAUCUAAGUUUCAUUUAAACCAGUGUGGGUGGCACUGGGAGCAGGUGGGUAAAGUGUCUUGCCCAAGGACACAACGGCAGUGACUAGGAUGGCGGAAGUGGGAAUCGAACCUGUAACCCCCAAGUUGCUGGCACGGCCACUCUACCAACCGAGUUAUACCGCCCCUUAUGUUUACGGUAAGAGCCGACUUAUUACCACAAUUUCUCACCGAAACCUGCCGGUUGUGGUAGAGAAACAUGUUCGCUUGACCGCUCUGUUCCAUAUUAAAGCUUCACAACAAACAAAGAAACAUCGGCUGGGUUUGUGUUGCUAAAGGCAGCUGCAAUACACCGCUUUCCACCAACAGCAUUCUUCUUUGACGUCUCCAUUAUUAAUUGAACAAAUUGCAAAAGAAUCAGCAACACAGAUUGUGCAGAAUACCGUGUAAUUAUGCGAUAAAAACAGACUACUUUUAGCCAAUUUUGGUGCUGGGAGAACAUGUCCGCUACUACCGGCGACGUCAUCAUUUGGCGACGUUUUCAACAGGAUACUUUGCGGGAAAUUUAAAAUUGCAAUUUAGUAAACUAAAAAGGCCGUAUUGGCAUGUGUUGCAAUGUUAGUAUUUCAUCAUUGAUAUAUAAACUAUCAGACUGCGUGGUCGCUAGUAGUGGGUUUCAGUAGGACUUUAAUAUUCGUUACAUGUCCCUUGGCAAGUUUCACUGCAAUAAGACGCUUUUGCUAGCCAUCUACAAGCUUCUGGCAAGCUUCUUGUUGAAUUUUCGACCACUCCUCUUGACAAAAUUGUUGCAGUUCAGCUAAAUUUGUUGAUUUUCUGACAUGGACUUGUUUCUUCAGCAUUGUCCACACGUUUAAGUCAGGAUUUUAGAAAGGCCAUUCCAAAACUUUCAUUCUAGCCUGACUUAGCCAUUCCUUUACCACUUUUGACGUGUGUUUGGGGUCAUUGUCCUGUUGGAACACCCAACUUUGCCCAAGACCCAACCUCUGGGCUGAUGAUUUUAAAGGGGAACAUUAUCACAAUUUCUGAAAGGUUAAAAACAAUAAAAAUCAGUUCCCAGUGGCUUAUUUUAUUUUUUGAAGUUUUUCUCAAAAUUUUACCCAUCACGCAAUAUCCCGAAAAACAGCAUCAAAGUGCCUGAUUUUACCCAUCGUUAUAUAAAUGGGUUGUACUUGUAUAGCGCUUUUCUACCUUCAAGGUACUCAAAGCAUUUUGACAUUACUUCCACAUUUACCCAUUCACACACACAUUCACACACUGAUGGAGGGAGCUGCCAUGCAAGGCGCCAACCAGCACCCAUCAGGAGCAAGGGUGAAGUGUCUUGCUCAGGACACAACGGACGUGACGAGGUUGGUACUAGGUGGGGAUUGAACCAGGGACCCUCGUAUGGCGGACGGCCAAUCUCCCACUGCGCCACGCCGUCCCAUAUCCACCCGUCUAAUGUCCUGUGACGUCACUGUGUGAAGCCACCGGAAACAAACAUGGCGGAUAGCACAGAAAGGUAUAGCAUAGUAGCUCGGAUUCAGACUCGGAUUUCAGCGGCGUAAGCGAUUCAACAGAUUACGCAUGUAUUGAAACGGCUGGUUGGAGUAUGGAGGCAGAUAGCGAAAAGAAACUGAAGCUAUUGAGCCAUAUCACGACAGACAGCGGCACGAGAGGAAGCGAAGACGAAUUCGGUGAUCGCAUUCUACCAACGAUUGGUAUGUGUUUGUUUGGCAUUAAAUGUGGGUGGAGGGAAAGGCUGGAUGCAAAUAUAGCUACAAAUGAGGCAUAAUGAUACAGCUAGCUUAAAUAGCAUGUUAGCAUCGAUUAGAAUGCCGUGACCAUUGAUAUGUCUGAUUAGCACACUCCAAAUAAGUCAAUAACAUCAACAUAACUCACCUUUGUGAUUUCGUUGACUUUAUCGUUGGAAAUGCAUCUGCUUUGAGUGUCGUAGGACAUCCACACAUUCUUGCCAUCUCUGUCGUUGCAUAGCUGUCGUGGGUAAAGUGUGCAGAACAAAUGAGGGACUUUCGCAUCUUUUGGCCACUGUUGCAACUUGAAUCCUUCUCUGUUUGUGUUGUUACACCCUCCGACAACACAUCGACGAGGCAUGAUGUCUCCAAGGUACGGAAAACCGUCGAAAAAAACGGAAAAUAACAGAGCUGAUUUGACUUGGUGUGUGUAAUGUGUUUGGCAAAAUGGCGGAUUGCUUCACGUUGUGACGUCACGGGUGAAAGGUCAUUGCUCCGACAGCGAACAAUUGAAAGGCGUAUAAAUCGCCAAAUUCACCCAUUUAGAGUUCGGAAAUCGAUUAAAAAAACAUAUGGUGUUUUUUGUGCAACAUCAAGGUAUAUAUUGACGCUUACAUAGGUCUGGAGAUAAUGUUCCCCUUUAAGUUGUCCUAAAAACAUUUUUGUUUCAUCUUACCACAGAACUUUCCUCCAGAAGGUUUUAUCUUUGUCCAUGGGAUGUCAGAUGAAACAAAAAUUGAGCUGUCUGGCCACAAUACCCAGCAAUAUGUUUGGAGGAGAGGAACACCAGACCUACCGUCAAGCAUGGUGGUGGUAUUAUUAUGCUCCGGGCCUGCUUUGCUGCCAAUGGAACUGGUGCUUUACAGAGAGUAAAUGAGACGAUUUACUACGGUUAGAAAUUAUUCAAGACAAGCAUGACAUUAUGUCCUUCACAAGUGUAUGUAAAUAUUUGACCAUGACUAUAUAUUACUUUUUGUUUACAGACAUAAAAUAUACAUUGAUUUUAAACAUAAAGUAUAUAUUCAAUAUACACCAGACAGAAUAUAGCUAAACAAUCAGGUUAAAUCUAAAGAUUAUAACUACAAAUUCUAAAUAAUUAUGUUUUGAUUGACAGAAUGAUGACUAACAAAACCUAACCUAGUCGUGCUGAGAGUUCUAGUAUAGAAAGACCUCUCACUAAGACGCACAAUAUUAAGCAUGUGUACUCUAUACUGUUAAACUACAAAUGCAUAUUCCCAUAGGGCAGCUGUGUGCUUAGCUGAAAUACCAAUAAUAGAAAUUAAUUGUGGACAAUUUAACACACAAGUACAUUGGUAACUCGGUUUUAGUUAGAAAGCCGCUCCAAAAGGUCAGACGAAGAUCAAACCUACGAAAACGGUAAAGAAAACAUUUCCCAUAAGAAAUAGAAAAGUUUAAUUCACCCGUUCCAAACACCCCAAAAAUAUGUACACAAACAGACUUUAUAGAAAAUAAAAACACUGUGUUUUCCGAACUAUAGGACACACCGGAUUAAAAGGUGCACUGCCAAUGAGUGGGUAUAUUCAGGUCUAUUUUCAUACAAAAGGUGCACCGGAUUAUAGCGCGAAUUAAAGGGGGCUUUUUUUUUCUAAAUUGAAAACAAUUCCUUGUGGUCUACAUGACAUGUAAAACGGGAAAAAAAAACUGAAUAUACUAUGAUACAGGCAGCGAAUCAUAACAAGCUUGGUCGACCACCACUGUUUUUCACAUCCGGGAAGAAGUUACAUGUCGGAUUAUCAGCUAUAUGAGUUUUGUAUUGAUUAGUGGCCGUGAGCUGGCCCUUCCAGACGUCUGCGGUAGAUUCCGAGUAGAUUGCGAUGUAACAAAGAAAUGUGCUUGGAUUUGUGCCUGCGAACACUUUCAUACAUCGGAAUUUGUACUCCGUAUUUAGUAGGAAAGCCACGCAACUCUUUGUACGUAAGGGGCCUCUACAGGAUUGUUUUUCAUGAAAUUAAAAAUACUAAUAAGUAGAGCAAAGGUUGGGGGCGCACAAACAGGAGGGUAAAAUACGGUUGUUUCCUCGCUCGGUAAAACGCGGGCUUGACAGAAGAGAAUUAUUUGGCAAGUAAAUGUAUUUUUUCCUCCUGUGUUUUGGGAUUGUUCCACCUGGGAUCGGAUGAUGUCUUUUUUCCAAGUGCCUCGUUUUUGAAAGCACUAUUUUAUGUCAAUAUUAAAACAUGUAUUACUAUUACAUGCUGUAAUCACUGUAAGAACUCCAUGGUAUUUGUGUUGAUGUAUUCAUUAUUAACAAUAAAAUGUUUAUCAAAUCUC